AUGGUCAACCCCUGCUCCAAAGACGACUUGCCAACUCCCUUCGAGCCCGUCGUGAGCGUCAACGACAUCCCCAUGCUGGAGUACCUUUACAGCGAGUUUGCGAGGCCGGCGUACUUCAGUGGGUAUGAGUGCCUGCACCUCAACGAUGGCUACGCGGAUGGCACCUUGGACCCGGUCGACCAGGCCCUCGGCAGCAAGGUUUAUCAGCACAUGCAGCACUACCACGGGCCGCAGUACGAUAUCCAAACGGGCGUUCAUCACCAGGGGUACGGUGACGAGGACUCCUACGACGGUUUCUGGGGCAAGGGAAGCCUUUACAUCGACCUGCCGCGAUCAAGGGUGUACGACGCGAGCUUCAACUGCACCCCAGGGUUCCAGGCCGAUAUCAUCUGCGAUGUGUCGGGCAGCACCGAGGCAGAAGCCUGCCCAGAAGGGUACGUGUGCGAGGAGUCCUCCAACUCCGAGGAGAGCGUGCAUCACCCCUGCAGAGAGGGCUACGUGUGUGACUUCGGCACCACGCCGGAUCCGGAUCUCGAGGCCCCCGAAGGGCAGUUCACUCAGCUUUGCCCGGUUGGCUUCGUGUGCACGGACGCAACAGGCCUCGGACAGGCCUAUCGACAGGUUUGCUACGAGAACUACUUUUGCCCCACGGGGACGGGAGACCCGCGCACGGGUCAGAUGGCUGACGACGCGGUGAACAGGGGCCUGACAGCGGAACAAGCCAACCCCUUCCUCAACGUCGACACCCUGAAGUACCUCGGAGACGAAGAUGUGCGCAUGAUCAGCGCCCACGACCUCCGCUGCCUGGCCGGCAUCGACACGGGCCACAAGGAACGCUACUACACCCGAUGGCUGGGCGAGAAGACAGACCCGCCGAACAGCCUCACGGUGGACUACCUGCGCGUGGCACGCGAAGGAAAGCCUCCUUACACGAAUGAUACGUCCCUUACGUCGAGCUCGGCCGUGCGCGACCGAGCGGGCGCCGGAGGGCUGGAGGAUGCGGGCACGUACCUAGACGUGGAGGGAAACGUGCGGCCGUCCGUGAUAAACGAGGCCAUUGCCAUGGACUUGUCGUGCGCACGCGAUCACAAGUGGAGGCUCGUUAGCAUGGCCAUCGAGCGACAGGAGUGCAAUUGCGUGAAUCAGAUCUACGUCAUUGCCGGGGUGUACCGGCUAUGGCGCUGCACGGGAGGAGACCUGGACGAUCUCGGUAUCGCCAGCAUCCACGAAGAGUACAACGGCGGACGAGACUUUUGGUUCGAGCGAAAACAUCUUAGCUCCAAGGUUUGCGAGUUUCAGGGGGCGUCCGCCGAUGGUGAUGGCAACAACGCGGGGUUAGGGCUGAACCUCACCUACGGAGCUGUUCCGUACGACCCUGAUGUGUCCUCUAUUUGGGAGCUCUCGGCUGGCGCACUCUACCUCAACACAUCAGUGGGGCUAAGAGUGCAGUUCACGUGGACAGAGUCUCAGGAUUUCUUGACCUACGAAAGCCUGAAGCGGGCGGUGGAAAGCGAGUACGAAAGCGAGUACGAGCAGAGAGUCGCCGGCAGUCGAGAUGCGAUGGACCCGUACGUGUAUGACCUUUACCAGGCCGUGCGCUACGUUGAAGAGUUUGGGGGUGAGUGCAUCCUUCCAAAGUCAUCGCAGGGCUUCCUUUUCAUCCCUCCCUCGGGGACGGGCCAGGGCGCCGAAAUCAGCGAGAACAUUUACAACUGCGAGGCCGACGGGAGCGUGCUGCGAAGGCUCAACGCCAUCCCUGACCGGUACAUGUUCAGUCCGAACUACUCGGACCACGUCAACAACGGUAGCGCCUUCUCGGAGUUGACGGGGAGGGAUGACUUCACUCUCGGCACCCUGAGACUAGACUCCCUUGAGGUGGCCGUGGUCACGCUCGACCUCUCCGCCCUGUCACGAAACGUCACGUAUGGGCAGCACUAUCAGCUCGCCGUGUACUUGGACUGCAAGCCUUGCCCAACCCGGUACCAGUGCGAGUGGGAGGUAGAGCCUCCCACGUGCUCGACCCCAAGGUACCGCUGCCGGCAGAUUCCCGCCUUCUGCGACGACACGGAGUGGCCGGUUCUCGAAUGGCAGAUGCUUUUCGAUCAGAGUGGAAAUCCGUUGAGCGGGAACGCUCAAGAAGAUUCGUGGUUCUACACUCCAGAAGACCGAGAAGGAAGUUAUCCUGAUACGAAGCACAAUUUGAUUAGCUUCUCUCUGACGGCUCUCAAGGAGGUGGAGAUCACGGCUGCCCUCGAGCUGCUUCACGGAAUGUACUAUUAUGACUUCGACAACAUGAUGGAAAACAUCGGAGAGCUCUUCAUCUUCACCCCCGCGAGAUCGGACUAUACGCCCCUGGAACCGUCGCGAAAUUCCUUCUUUUUUUUGCUCGCCAAGGAUGACUUCACGGACUUGCAGGUGUUCAUCGACCGGGCCUAUGACAUCGACGUCGCGGACCCUUCAUACUACAGCAAUUACGCGAGGUACUUGAAUCAGGAGGCCUUCCUUGCAAACGACAACGCCACCAUCCCUGACUACGAUAUCAUUCCGGAGCGCGAGGUUGUCCGGCCGGAAUACAAUGAUGUUUUCGAAGACUCGAACUGGUGGGCCUCCGGAGACGACUCCGGCGCGAACACCUUCCUCACCACGCCGUACUUUCCAUUCCUGAGCUCGUGCGCGGGCUACGGAAACCACAUGAGUUUCUCCAAGCUCGUGGAGUCGCACCCGGGAUGCACGCUGAUUCCGUACGAGCAAACGAAGGCAAUCAACCAGUGGCGAAGCAUCGGCAAAUCCCCUUUUUCGGAUGAGUGCCUUGUGCAGCUUACUUCCGAAGAGCGGUACGACGAUGACGGCAACUUGCUCAUCACUGGAGAGACUAGGGGCGUCUACCUGGACUGUACGUACGAAGAGGACAUUUCUAUGGCCUCGGCACAAAGAAGGUGGUUCCAAGCUGACGCCGGCACGACCCUCUUCCACGUGACGAAGGAUCCCUUAGACCCGGCGGACUUCGAGGAGACCGUAGACAGCAACGGAGACAUCGUCACGGGUUGGGGGCGGAGUUCAACUUUGGAGUUGACGAUCAACUACUUCCAGAGGCAGCGCGGGACAAAGCGGAUGGUCGACAUGUUUUUCGAGUUCACCGAGCUCUGUACCACCAUCCCCCCGCUGGAGUACGGCGGAAACGAAGUUCUCCUCGAAACCUUUGCCGCCAAGUACGUGGCGCUUACCUGGAUGGAUCUGGUCAAUUUCUUCGAGUUCGACUGGAUGCUCUACAUGCUGCUUUUUAUGGCAGUCGGCAUUAUUGCGGUUACGGAAGCGAUUAUCGUGUGGGGUAUCAACCGCCUCCUCACCAAGCUCCGACACCCGCCGAAGUUCCACGGAUCGGUGUUGUUCCACAUCGUGUCGGAGGCACCGACACAAGGGGUGCUACUGGCUUUUGUCCCAACGAUGCUCACCGUGGCGUUUGUAUGGUGCUGGUUUGCGGAGAACAGUUUCCUGGCGUCUUCGGACCCUGUGACCACGCCUUCGGCUUUCAACUUCGAAGGAAUAACCGGGCGCCAUGAUUUGAUUGAUCGAAGGAGCUGGCAAGAUAACCUUGCUCUUACGACGGACCGCGUCCUGACCUACCGCAACGGCCGGAUCGGCGUGUGCCUGAUAGCCUCCAUGAUCUAUAUUGCUCUCAUCUCCGUCGAGCUAUUUGUGCCGGACUGGUCAGAGGAGAACAAGGCGCAGGCCGAGGCCAAUGUGGCCAAGGACAUCUACUACAACGACGAAGACGACGAUCAGCUACCAACGUCUCCGGUCUUCGCGCCUAUGCAGUGGAAGCGCGCCCACCUGCUGUGGGCAUCGCUUGUCAUGCAGGGCCUCCUGGUGGGCAUCUGGGAGUUCUCGUACUCCAACACCUUUGCCACAUACGUGUACCAGUUCAUCGUGGGCUUCAAGAUCGCUCAGAUGUUUAUGGACCUCGUGCUUGAGGGUCUCCUGCGGGAGCUUCUCAUGGUGGCGCCCCUCCUCGUGGUAGUUGGAAUCACGGAACAGCUUGUCACGAUGGGCGCCGAAGAUUUCAAGGACUUCGUGGUGUCUUUCUUUGUGGAGCUAUCAGUGAUGAUGCUCGAGAGGCUCUACCUCGACCCCGGUACUAAGGAGUCGGCAUUGUGCAUCCUUGUGUGCAUUCGCUACGGAAAACGAGGGUUCCAGAUGUCGAAGCUGUACCCAAGAUGGCGAAUGCUGUGGAAGAGGCGCUUCUCCCGCCGUCGGCGCAUGACCCGAGAAGACAAGGCAAAAGAGGAGAUGGCGUGGCGCAAGAUCAAUGAGGACAUAGAGCUGGAGCGGGAGGGCGUGGAGCCCCUCUUGGACUCCUAUUUCGUGUAUUCAACCGAGGUCCUGGGCAUGUUCAUCAUGCCUGGCGUGAUCUUCUUGAUCAUGGUCUUCAGCCAGCAGACCAAGAUGGCCGAGCUGUACGGCAUCCGCGACAACGAGAUGGGCUACUACCUUGCGUUCGCCUUGGUGAUCAUCCCCUUCUCGCUCAUCAUGGACGUGUUCGUGCUCAACACGCAGGAGUUCUAUUUCAUCAACGCGCUGUUCGCCGUGGGGAUGGUGCUGGGGCUAAUGGGGCUCACGAUAUUCUUGCGGUGGGAGUACAGCCUCUUCGGCGAUCCUGUCGGGCCGCUCAUCUUCGCCGUUAUGUUCCUGUUCGGGGACCUUGUGCAGCAGCUGCUCCGGCAUUUAGCAAAUAUCAAGGUGAAAAGGAUGGGGUGGAGAGGCCUUUGGAUGACGAAAAACAUCGAGGGCACCGUGGAUGACGACAUUGCGGCCAAGCUCGCCAUCGGAGAGGGUCGUCAGGCUAACCUUGAGCAGGAGCGGCUGGAGUUGCAGGCCCUCAACAGCGAGCGUUUCCGACAUCGCUUCCUCGAGCGAAACCGGCCGUGGAUCUUGCAGCAUCUGACAGACCUACUCACGCCAAGGACACUACAGCACACAGGGCCAGACGGGAGACCAGCUGUGGAGUACGUCCGUGAUGUCUAUGCAGAGUUGGUGGGUAUGGGGGAGGGGUUGCGGAGACCAGGAGACCGGAGCGACAUUUCUUCUGACGAAGAGGACGAAAUGGAGGAACAACGCCGCAACUGGCCUCGCACACCACUCGUCGGAGCCUCCUUGGCGAUCGCUCGGUUGUGGCUUUCCAAGGCUAGGAAGCGUCGGUCGUUCUGGAAGUUCGUUACCGGCAUCGUGCAGAACAACCAGGGCCGAACCCUCGCAGUGUCCUUAGCUCUGGAGGGCAAGGCCGACGCGUACGCGAUCGACCGCCUCAUCGCAGGUUUCGAGGAGCUGUACGGCGUGGACGAAAUGGAUGCUAACCUGUGGAAGGCAUACUUCCGCGCCAAUGCCGAGUACAUCACAAGGGGUCAUAAGAACCAAGGGGAGCCGUUGCCCUGGCGAGUGGAUGUGUACUCACAGGGCGGCAAGCAGGACAUCGCAGGUACGAAGGAAGAAGACCCGCGUACCAAGGACUGGAUCGUCGAACUCAACGCAGCUUCCAGGGCGCUGGCUGUGCGAUGGUUGCGAGCCGCUCGAGAAGGAUUGGACGGAAAAUUCCGUGCUCGAGGAGAGCAGCUACGUGAAGAGGUGCACUCGACUGCCGCCUUGAUGCCGCCAGAGGACGAUUGGUUCUUCGGAGCAGAGCUACGGCUGGAGGGACAGGCGCUGAUGGACGUAGGCCAGUCGAUCGAGGACGACCGGAGGGCCCUGGAGGCGGAAGGGGCGGUAAAGAUCCGCAAGAUAGAGGUGGACUUCGAGCACUUCGAGAAAACGACUCGGGCCGAUAUGGAAAAAGAUCGCAAAACUUUCGAGCACAAGAUCAACGUGGAGUCGGACGCAGUCAACACCGAAGUGGAGCUGAGGACUCGGGAACUUCUCCGACUUAGGGACGUGAAGCAGCAAGAGCAAGACGUGGUGGAGACGAGGCUGAAAGAGGACGAAGGAGGAGUACCCUCGGCCGUCGCGGAGGCCCACCGCAAACAGCUAGAAGACAUGGACGACGUCGUGCGCAAAGAGCAACAGGCACGAGAGAAGAAGUGGUCCGAAGAGGAGGCCGGUAUGCGGUCCCAGUUCGAGCAACGAGAGGCCCUCACAGAGCAAACCGUGGUCGACCGCAAGGUGCUUGCUAGCAACAAUAUCAUCCGCAUCAACAAGGAGACCAGGCAGAAAAUCAAAGGGACCGAGACCGAGUGGCAGGGCCGAGCCUCCAAGUGGUUAGCCACCGCAAGGAGGAAGGUGGAAUUGAAGCAGACAGAGGAUGCGGAGGACGCCGAACGCGCGAAGCGCAGGCGGUGAGCACGCGGAGAUUUCAGGACAUGGUGCCGCCGACUUGUGUGCGUUGAUUCUAGAACCACCUUGUGUCGUAGUUGAACCUCGUGGUGAACGGUUGAACGGGGAAGCUGGCACAACGAAGCCCAGGAUUUACAGCCGAUUGUCAUCUUCCAUAUGCCAACCGCUGGUGGGCAUCUCUUACGCUUGGGGGCCUUUGUGCGAGCCUUGUGACUUGUCCAGUAGACGUACGAUGACCUAUAUGCUUGCUUGUAAUUGUUCGGGGGGAGUGUUCUUAAGCGCCAGAAGACGAGAAUGGAAUUGUCUGCCGUGGGCAGCAGUUUUUGUGAAACAGAUGUGGGGGUGUUUCCUGGAACACGAAGGCGUAGGUGCACCUUACGCAAGAAACUACGAUAGGAGAUUGUUA